CGGGCGUAAGGUCAUACUGUUCAAAUUUUCGUGAAGUCAGACAGAAGCACGAUUUUUUUCAAGCUCAGUUUCCAUUUUGUAAAAGUUUUCAUUCGUAAGAAAUGGCUUCGAUUAGCUUGCUAAAUCCCAGGGCCGAAAUUGCACGUGCCGCCCAUGCACUGGCCAUUAACAUCAGCGCCGCCAAAGGUCUGCAGGAUGUGAUGCGCACCAAUUUGGGGCCGAAAGGAACUGUGAAAAUGUUGGUCUCUGGUGCCGGCGACAUCAAGAUCACCAAGGACGGCAAUGUGCUGCUGCAUGAGAUGCAAAUCCAGCAUCCAACUGCAUCGAUGAUUGCCAGGGCCAGCACCGCCCAGGACGAUUCCACUGGCGAUGGCACCACCACCACGGUGAUGCUGAUUGGAGAGCUGCUCAAGCAGGCCGACAUCUACUUGUCGGAGGGACUGCAUCCUCGCAUCAUGGCCGAUGGCUUUGGCAAGGCUCGCGAUAAGGCACUGGAGGUACUCGAGAAAUGCAAAGUUCCGGUGGAAAUCAACAAAAAAAAUCUGAUGGAGGUGGCCAACACCAGUCUGAAGACCAAGGUGCAUCCGGUGCUGGCCGAUCUGCUAACCGAGGUAUGUGUGGACGCCAUAUUGACUAUUGCGAAUGGGACCGACAAACCCAUUGAUCUGCACAUGGUGGAGCUGAUGGAGAUGCAGCACAAGACGGCCACCGAUACGCAGCUGGUGCGUGGUCUGGUCCUGGACCAUGGCGGCCGCCAUCCGGAGAUGCCCAAGCGUUUGGAGAAUGUCUACAUACUCACUGCCAAUGUCUCGCUGGAGUACGAGAAGGCUGAGGUCAAUUCUGGCUUCUUCUACAAAACAGCCGAGGAGCGCGAAGCUUUUGUCCUUGCUGAGCGCGAGUUCAUUGAUCAGCGUGUGAAGAAGGUAAUCGAUCUGAAGCGUUCGCUGUGCGAUGGCACAGACAAGUCAUUCGUGCUGAUUAACCAGAAGGGAAUAGAUCCCCUUUCGCUGGAUGCCUUGGCCAAGGAGGGCAUUCUGGCUCUGCGUCGCGCCAAGCGCCGCAACAUGGAGCGUUUGGCUCUGGCCUGCGGCGGUACCGCUCUGAACACCUUUGAGGAUCUGCAGGAGGAGCAUCUCGGCUAUGCGGGUGUCGUGUACGAGCAUGUGCUGGGCGAGAACAAGUACACCUUAGUGGAGGACUGCAAGCAUCCACUUUCGGUCACCAUUCUGAUUAAGGGGCCCAAUAAGCACACCAUUCUGCAGAUCAAGGAUGCCAUUCGCGACGGUCUGCGCUCCAUCAACAAUACAAUUGACGACAAGGCUCUGAUUCCCGGCGCUGGCGCCUUUGAGGUGCGCGCCUACAACGAACUUUUGGUCUACAAGGACACCAUCAAGGGCAAGGGUCGCCUAGCCGUGCAGGCCUUUGCUGAUGCCCUGCUGGUCAUACCCAAGUCGCUGGCCAUUAACAGCGGCUACGAUGCCCAGGACACAAUGUUGAAGCUAGUCACCGAGGAUCGUUUGACCACGGACCUAGUUGGCCUCGAUUUGGCCACCGGUGAGCCCAUGAAGCCUGUCGAUAUGGGCAUCUAUGACAACUACAUUGUCAAGAAGCAGAUCCUCAACUCGUGCUCAAUUAUAGCCAGUAAUUUGCUGCUCGUCGACGAGGUAAUGCGUGCCGGCUUGACCAGCCUCAAGGGUUAGGUUUAGGCCUUACCAACCCAUAAGUAUAUCUUAACCAAAAUACAACUAAUGUUCACUUAAUAUAAACCUUAAUGGUUUAAAAAGAAAUUAAAGCUAUGCUUUCAAGUCCACUCUGUUAAGAGAUUCCA